AUUAGGAUUAGGUAGUAGAUGCUCGCUCGCAUCUGAGAAAUGGCGAAAAGCCAAAUCGCUUUUCGGCUCAUCACUCCCCCCCUGCCGCUCUGCUUGUCUUUUCCCCUCCGCUGCUGAUGCCCUCGCGCCAGCCCCCGCCGCCCGAUGCCUCCCCGCCCCCGGCCGCCGCCGCCGCCGCCGCCGUCGUCGGGGGCCUCGGAGCCCCCGCCCGCCACCGGCUCCCGGCCUCCGCGGUGGCCUCCGCCGCGGCCUCGGCCGCCGCGGCGGCGCUUCUCCUGGCGGCCUUCGCCCUCUUCGUCUGGCUGCGUCGCGGGAGGAAAAGGCGGGCCGCGGCGGCGGCGGGCGCGAGGGCGCAGCCCGCGCCCGCCCUGCUGCGGAGGCUGUCGUACCAGCAGCUGCGGCGCGCCACGGGCAGCUUCGCGGCCGGGAGCAAGCUCGGGCAGGGCGGAUUCGGCCCCGUCUUCCGCGGCGCGCUGCCCAGGUCGGGCCAACCCGUGGCCGUCAAGGUCAUGAACGCCGCCGGGUCCCUCCAGGGCGAGCGCGAGUUCCACAACGAGCUCUCCCUCGCCUCCCAUCUCGUCGGCUCCGGCCACGCCUCCACGCCCUCCAUCCUCCUGCCCUUCGCCUACUCGCUCUCCGCGCACCCCUGCCGCCGCCGGAUGAUGCUCGUCUACGAGCUCAUGCCCAACGGCUCGCUGCAGGACGCGCUGCUGGGGAAGAGGUGCCCCGAGCUGGUGUCCGAGUGGCCGCGCCGCCUCGCCGUCGCCCGCGACGUGGCCGCCGCGCUCCAUUACCUCCAUUUCGUUGUGCAUCCGCCGGUGAUCCAUGGGGAUGUCAAGCCUAGCAAUGUGUUGCUGGAUAGCGAGCUCCGUGCUCGCCUCUCAGAUUUCGGGCUCGCGCGGAUCAAGUCUGAAGAAGAAGAUGAGUUAGAUAGCGGUGUACUUGGGGACAAUGCGGUUGGAAAUGGAAAUCCAGGUGGUGGAUGCCAUGAUGAUGUAUCAGUGGCCGGCGAGAGCAUGACUGCUGUUGUAGUGAAUGGGGAAGACGGUGCCACCAAGUCUCCAGAGGAUGAUGAGGGGUUCACCACUGCCUCACAUGCAGAGGCAGCAUCAACUUCCGGAUGCGAUAAAACUAGUGUUGGUAGUGGAUUCAAUGGUCGAACCUGCAAUGGUGGGGGUGCUGCAGCAUCAGGAGCUAGGAGUGACUGGUGGUGGCGUCAAGAUAAUGCUGCCGGCACUGGUGGUGGUGGUGUAAAGGAUUAUGUGAUGGAAUGGAUUAGGUCGGAGAUCAAGAAGGAGAGACCGAAGAGCGAUUGGAUUUCCGGAGCAUCUACAACCACCCCUACCACCUCAGCAGAAAAGAAGAAACCAAAGCGUAGGGCGCGGGAGUGGUGGCGUGAGGAGUAUGCCGAGGAACUCACCAAGAAGCAAAAACGGCGGGCAAUUGCUAAGUCAAAGAGUGAUGCUGGCGUGAUGACUGGCUUGCAGUGGUGGGAGAAGGAUUGUGAUUUAGAGGAGAAGGGACGUUCAAGGUGGAGGAUGAUGAAAAGCUGGAGUCGGAGGAGCAGCAAUGGCAAUGGCAAUAGCACCAUUGAUUGGUGGGUUGACGGUGUAAGGAGUAGCAAAGAUUGGGCUAGUACAGAAUUUGUACCUAAGAGUGGUGGAGCAGUGAGCAGCACACCAAGCAUGCGUGGCACAGUCUGUUAUGUGGCUCCUGAGUAUGGUGGCGGCGGGCCUCUAUCAGAGAAAUGCGAUAUGUACAGCUUCGGUGUUUUGUUGUUAGUUCUUAUUUCUGGACGCCGCCCACUCCAAGUGACGGCCUCGCCCAUGUCUGAGUUUGAGAAGGCGAGUCUGAUUUCAUGGGCGAGGCAUCUCGCCCAUGUUGGCCGCUUGCUUGAUCUUGUGGACUCUGCACUCCUGGAUGUUAACCGUGACCAGGCGCUGCUAUGCAUCACUGUCGCACUCCUGUGUAUCCAGAGGUCGCCAACCCGUCGCCCGUCAAGCGAGGAGGUGCUUGAAAUGCUCUCUGGUGAGGGUGAACCACCACAUCUCCCUGUAGAAUUCUCACCGUCGCCUCCUGGUGGGUUCCCUUUGAGAUCCCGCAGGAAAGGCCGGUGAGAGUUUAGUUUGUUGGUUAGAUGCAAAUGGUAGUGUCAGUUAUAUUCUUAUGCUUGUUUCUUCUUGUACACCACCCUGAUUUAUCUAUUUAAUUUAUUGGAAUCUUGUGAUAGGAAAAACAGUGCCAGUUUCAAAUUCAACGUUGAUAAGAACAUCGAUUCCCAGUCUAACCA